AUGGCUUCCUCACUCUCUCCCUCUGUUCCCACCAUCUUCUCCGACUUAAAAUUCAAACUCCACUAUAGAUCUCACCGUCUACACCUUUCCUUCUUCCCGAAAAAGCUUCCUUCGCUCUUCAUUGCGAGGUCAGCGGAUAAUGGAGCGGGGGCGGCGGGCUCCGCUGUGGUGGAGGAGAAGGUGGAGAUGACGAAUCUUCCUGAGGAAGAGAAAAGCGUGGAGGUGAAGGACAAGGGGGAGGAUUCUCUGAGUUCGAAUGGGGUUGCGGUUGCCAAUGCGGAGGUUUUGACUUUCAAGGAUCCGAGAUGGCUUGGGGGGACAUGGGAUUUGAUGCAGUUUCAGAAGAGUGGGCAGACUGAUUGGGAUGCGGUCAUCGAUGCAG